AUGUCUUUCAAGUCUUCUGAAGGUCCAAAGACCUUGUACGAUAAGGUCUUUGAAGAUCACGUUAUCCACAAGGAUGAAUCUGGUUCUUACUUGCUAUACAUCGACAGACACUUGGUCCACGAAGUGACCUCCCCACAAGCUUUCGAGGGUUUGAAGAACGCAGGGAGAAAGGUCAGAAGAAGAGACUGUACUUUGGCUACAGUCGACCAUAACAUCCCAACCUGGUCGAGAAAGAACUUCAAGAGCGCCGAAACCUUUAUUAAGGAAGCAGACUCUUUGUUGCAAGUGCAGACGUUGCAGAAAAAUGUCAAAGAUUUCGACGUUCCAUUUUUUGGCAUGACUGAUGCUAGACAAGGUAUUGUUCAUAUCAUUGGCCCCGAACAAGGAUUUACACUCCCGGGCACUACAGUUGUGUGUGGUGAUUCCCACACUUCGACUCAUGGUGCUUUUGGUUCUCUUGCUUUUGGUAUUGGUACUUCUGAAGUUGAACACGUCAUGGCUACUCAGACCAUUAUUCAGGCCAAAUCUCAAAACAUGAGAAUUUACAUUGACGGCAAGCUAAGCCCUGGCGUCACCUCCAAGGAUUUGAUCUUGCACAUCAUUGGUGUUAUCGGCACCGCUGGUGGUACCGGAUGUGUUAUUGAAUUUGCAGGUAAAGCCAUCGAGGACUUGACCAUGGAAGGCCGUAUGUCGAUGUGUAACAUGGCUAUCGAGGCUGGUGCCAGAGCCGGGAUGAUCAAACCUGAUCAAACCACUUACGACUAUGUUGAAGGUCGGCCUCUUGCUCCAAAGGGUGCAGAAUGGAAGAAAGCUGUUUCCUACUGGCAGACUUUGCACACCGACGAGGAUGCCCACUUUGAUUUUGACAUCAAAAUCAACUCCAGGGACAUCAUUCCAACAAUCACAUGGGGUACCUCGCCACAAGACGCUCUUCCAAUCACCGCCUCUGUACCAAAUCCAGACAGCGUUUCCGAUCCAAUCAAGAAGUCUAUGAUGGAAAACGCUUUGAAGUACAUGGGUCUCAAGCCAAAUACUCCUCUGAAGAGCAUCACCAUUGAUAAGGUGUUUAUUGGUUCUUGUACCAAUUCUCGUAUUGAAGAUUUGAGAGCCGCUGCUGCCGUUGUCAAGGGCCACAAGAAAGCAGGCUCUGUCAAACUAGCCAUGGUCGUUCCUGGAUCUGGUUUAGUUAAGAAACAAGCAGAAAAGGAGGGAUUGGACAAAGUUUUUGAAGAAGCAGGAUUUGAAUGGAGAGAGGCUGGUUGUUCCAUGUGCCUCGGUAUGAACCCAGAUAUUCUUGACCCAGAGGAACGUUGCGCAUCUACCUCCAACAGAAAUUUUGAGGGCCGUCAAGGUGCGAGAUCUCGUACUCACUUGAUGUCACCCGCCAUGGCUGCUGCCGCCGGUAUCGAAGGACACUUUAUCGACAUCAGAGAGUUUCAAUACAAGGACAAUGAUGUUCCCAAGAUAUCUGUCGAGCAAGAAUCCGAAGACAAAGCUUUGCAAGACGCUAUUUAUCAACACGAGAAACAACCUUUACAAAAAGGUGAAUCUGCUGACGAGCUAGAAGAGGAUGAGGUUCUUGAUAUUCCACCAUCUGAACACGAAGCCCAAGAAACUCCUUUGAAGGAUGCUCCUUCUGCCUCCGCUCCAGCCGGUAUGGAGCCCUUCUUGACAGUUAGUGGGAUCGCUGCCCCUCUGGAUAAGGCUAACGUUGACACUGACGCCAUCAUCCCCAAGCAAUUCUUGAAGACUAUCAAAAGAACUGGUUUGAAAACUGGACUUUUCUACGAAUGGCGUUUCACUAAGGGUGAAGACGGCAAAGAUCAAAGCCGUGGUUUUGUUUUAGACACCGAGCCUUACACCAAAUCUCAGAUUCUUGUUGUCACUGGUGAUAACUUUGGAUGCGGUUCUUCUAGAGAGCACGCUCCUUGGGCUCUUAAGGACUUCGGUAUUAAAUCCAUCAUUGCUCCAUCUUUCGGUGAUAUUUUCUACAACAACUCGUUCAAGAACGGGCUGCUACCUAUCAGACUUCCUCAGGAUGUUAUUCUUGAGAAGCUCUACCCUGUCGCUCAAGCUGGCAAGACGAUGACUAUCGAUCUACCAAACCAAAGAAUUUUGGACUCAGAAGAUAAUGUCUUAGUUGACCACUUUGAGGUUGAGAACUUCAGAAAGCACUGCCUCGUCAACGGUCUUGACGAUAUAGGUAUUACCUUGCAGAAAGAAGAAUUCAUCGUCAAGUUCGAAGCUAGAAGAAGAGAUGAAUUUUCGUUCUUAGAGGGCGGCUCAAACCUUGUCAAACCGAUCAUGGGCUCUAAAAAAAGUCCCUACGGGAACAACGCUCAAGAAUGGUAA